AGAGCAGCGUGAGGGAGCUGUUUGGGACGGAGUUGAGUCACUGGACUCUGUGGCGCAACUGCUCACACUCAGCAUUAACCACCACAGAACUGAGCCUUUUUACCUCAGCUCACAGGAAGAAACCCCACCAAGGACAACUGAGCUUUGAAAUGAGGGCUGCUCUCAGAGAGCACACCUGGGAGAGCUGGGAGUGGGACACUGAGGGAAAGUCACCUGAUGCCUGUUUGUCUUCAUGCCACCAGUCUGUUUACUUCCACAUCAGCCCUCUGCUGGAGAGCCAGGGCACUGCAGGCGUCCGAGGAACUAGAGGCUUCACUCAUGGUGAGCACUACUGGGAGAUUGAGUUUCUGGAGCCUCUGUAUGGCAGUUCUGUGAUGGUGGGAGUGGGCACUCUGAAUGCACGUCUGCAUGCAGAGGGUCAGUUCAUCAAUCUAAUAGGUAUGGACACUGAAAGUUGGGGUCUGUCAUAUAAAGGCUUUCUCUGGCACAACGGCAGAAGUAGAAAGUAUACAGAACCUUUCUAUGACAGAAACACAGUCAUCGGGGUUUUACUGGACAGAACCGCAGGAACACUGACAUUCUACAAAAAUGGAAAAAACCUGGGACUGGCCUUCUCUGACCUAGAUCGGGUUGCCAGUGCCCUAUACCCCAUGGUGAGUUCUACAGCCCCUGAGACUGAGCUGCAGCUGGGCUUGAGAACAUCCCGCCUCUCCUCCCUGCAGGAACAUUGUAUACACACCAUCACACACUGCCUUGGAAAACUCGGACACACACACUCGCUACCCCUGCCUCGUGCAUUGUGCUGCCAAAUACACACAUAGAGGGUACAAAGAUAACACAUAUAUACUUUAAACCACCUUCAUUUUUGACUGGUGUGGUAUUUAAUAGUCAGAGGCUUUGUUCAAACAGCAGCACUGGCCGACUCCGGGGAGGUGCAGAGGUGUAGAUCUGGCCAAGGAAUAGUAUCAGUGUUUUUAAGGCAACCUGAUGAGAUGGUAGCAACAGCAUGUGGAUAAACAUUGUCCAUUGUUUUGCUAAUGAGGUUUUGGCCCACGAGUGGAUAAGUUUUAUAAUGAUUUUAUAAGAUAUAAGUUCUAAAGGACACAUAUGUCACCAUGGGUUCUUUUGGGAUAAGCAAGAAAGAUCCAAACUCAGGGUUGCCAGAUAUAGACAACAGCACGUACAGUGUUCUGCCACGGGCAAGCUGGCUUUUUUCUGCUGAACAAGUAAUCACUCAGCUUCAGUACGUUUGCUUACCACCAUAACUAGCGUAGUAGACUGGGGCAUUUUGGACACUGCAAACCAUAUACAUUAAAAAUUAUUAGCUACAGAGUAAGACUCGUCGCUUGCCACUGUGUGUCUACCUGGCAACCCGCGUGAGCCUUUCCUCUGAGGAGGAGAGGGCAGGGCAGAACUCGCUCGCAUUUAUAACUGAUUCAACCAACCACAGCACACUAUCAUUCACCAUUUAUUACUCACAUACCAUUUAUAACCACAUUUACAAAAGUACAGAUCUUUAAAGCAAAAGAGAUCUAUUUCAACAAUUCAAAACAAAACAGAAAACAAAUAACUCAAAGAACUUCCACAUGGGGACAAAGCAAUUUUCCACCUGCAAAUCAGAAAUACAGAUAUCCACAGCACAGGUAAACUGGUUGGCACUGGGACAAGUUUUACAACAGAAUGGCACAACGAUGUGGACAGGGAAGAUCUAAACAGCUAAAAACCAUUUUAACCUAAUCUAAAUUAAUGGCCACUUGACCUUAGUAAGGCACACAAAACACGUUUGAGAUUGGGGAGGGGGUAGGUUCACUAAACAAUUUAAGCCACUGGUCCGCAUGUCAACACAUGACUGCAUUGACAUGAACUUGAGGUUGACGUACAUACACAGUAAACAGUUUUAAUACGGAGGAAUACAAUACUUUACUUGGGUAGAGCUAAAUCCUCCUUAUCCCUGCUGUAAGCACUGGAGUCCUAGACGUUAAACCUCAAUUGGGGAAAAAAUCCCACUGUGCAAAGAAUCAGUUAUAAUUAUUUGAAAUUCCUCCUUUAAAGCAAAAUAGGAGUGUCUGUCAAAGCCCCAUGAAUCUAACUGUAGAAGUAGUGAUGUACUUUCCUCUGCAACUUCUAACAGCUUUAGAUCUGCUAUGAUGUUUGUUCAUAGUGUGAUUAAAACACAUAGAUAAAACAGAGGGCAAUGAAUAUAGAGCUUAAAAUCUGACACAUAUUAGAACUAGCAUUUUGUAGAUUUAAAUUAAAUUGACUUGAUCAAGUAAAACAUAUUCAUAAAUUUUUUUUACAUUGUUUUUUUGUGUCAAAUCUCUUUUAUUUAAAACUCAAUAUUUAACCCAGAUAUAACAGAUAAGUUUAAAUUAUAAGAUACAUUUAUGGUUGUAAAUUUCUUAAACAACAGCAAAUUUUCCAAUCAAGUAAAAAAUCAGAAAUCAUCCCAAAUUUAUGAAUUACAUUAUUAAACACUUAAAAUUGAUCAAAAUUCAAUUUAAUGAAAAUAUACACAUGCAAGCUCAAAUAUUUAAAACCCUCAGAUUUUAAGCUUCAUAGCUUCAUAAAUGGAGGGGUCUUUAUUCUGUAUUAUAUACUGAAUCCUUACUGACUCGGUAAGUCCCAGGCACUCCAGCUAAAAUACUGUUCGUUGAAUUACAACAAACAGAUUCAUAUCAUUUGAAAGAGGAAGAAGAUUUUUAAAAUCUUGCUCAGAAACCUGUUUUAAGGAGGAAAAAUAUUCUGAUACAGUUUAUUCUUUGGGUAAAAUACAGCAUCACCAAAAUGUACAUAUACCUAAAUCCAUAGACACCUUUUUACUUGUCUAGAGAAAAAUAGAGUGAGCGUAUUGGGGAGGAUUACGGCAGCUCACAGAUAAUUGUUUUUUUUCUGAGACCUGUUGCAAAGCUUUCAUAAUCAACGUUUAAAAAAAAAAAAAAAACAUUUUUCUCCCCUAUUUCAUUAACAGCUAUAGGUAGGGCUGGGCGAUAUGGGUAAAAGAUUAGAUUACGAAAUUUAAAGACAUUUUCACCAUACACAAUAUUUCAAAAAGCAGACAAAGUGCACAAAUAUCAGCAGAUUCAUUAAAUUCUACUCAAAUAAUAUCCCAUAGUACAGUUCAGUGUUUUUAUCUAGAAUCUGCUGCAUUUAUUAAACAGGACUAAUUAUACUUUCUGUAAUGAAAUGUGCAGUUGGUCAGUGCAGGUCUUUAAGCACUAACAAUAAAAGUAUAUUGUGUAUCACACAAUUACAUACAUAAAGUUUUAUUUUCACAAUAUAUUAAAUAUUGUCAUAUUGCCCACCUCUAGCUAUAGGCAUUAAGCAUUUACAGCCACAUCAACAACAAAAAAAGUACAACAGCAUGUCUGUCUGCAGUACUGACACUUGUGCUCUGAAUUCAAUGAAAUUUGCACUCUUUAGAAGCCCCACCAACGUGGUAUCCCGUUGAUAUCCUGUGCUGAAUUAAUGGAGAAUUAAUGCAAAAUGCAAACUAAGAGAGGGAAACAAAGUAAUUGAGAAUGGUUUGAUGUGAAUGGCUGGAUUGUAUGUAAAGAAACAUUACACAAAUUUUGUUACAUUGGUUGCAAUAGGAAAAACAUACAUAUUGUAAUGAAUACUACAUAAAUAUAGCCGGUUUAUUUACUAUGCAACACAACCAGUAUAUAUAUGCUGGUAAUUGUCUAACUGUGGUAAAUCUUGUUGUGGGAGAGAUUUGAAGUUCAACCUCCAAGAAUGUAUAAUGUAAAAAAAAUCUGAAUAAUGUUGUAGGUCACUUUUUUUUAAAUCUAUUGUAAAAUGAGGUCUUUAAAGGUAAUGUAUUUUAUAUAAUUGGGGAAAAAUUGAAGGACACUUAAAAUUAUCUAUAGAUAUAAUAAUAAAGUAUGUGACUAUCCUAGUAUUUUGCCUCUGGUCUCAUAUUUUGGUUUAUGACCAAAUUUCACGUGAUGGAUUUGUAUUUAUUUAAUUAAUUUAUUGUUGGUAUGUAUGUAUGUAUACCGUCUGCAUGUCAAACCAAUAAAUAAAACAAAAAUAAGCUCUCUGAGUGUUCCAAGUGGACUAAAGCACUGCCACUAUGAGCCAAGGAUCGCAGAUUCAAAUCCCGAUCAUGCAGCUUGCUAUCAGCAGCCUGAGUCUGAGAGAACAUAUUUGGCCUUGCUCUCUCCCCACAUCACUCCCAAGGUGACGUCAGCCAGCACAGGCGUCUGUUAGCUUAUUUAUCAGAGCUGGGUUGCUGUGCUUUUCUUCCAAGUGCAGUAGGGCUACAUCAGCAGCAGUUUGAAAAGAGGAGGUUACUGACUUCACAUGUAUCAGAGGAGGCCUUCUACUAAUAAUAGUCCUAAUGAGUAGGUUGGGUAAUCAGCAUAGCAGAAUUUGGGAAGAAAAUGGGAUAAAGAAAAAUCUGUAAUUUUGAGAUAAGAAUAAAACAUUGUAUAGUGAUUUGUAUGUAAUUUGG